UGGCUGCUUCUCGGCGACUCCACCCCUCUCCGGCAGACGAAGGCAUGGCGAGCACCGAGACCAGAAGGGAGUGUGAGACAGAGGGCUGUAGCAAGGACGCCAAACUUCAGUGUCCCACAUGUAUCAAGCUUGGUAUUCAAGGCUCCUAUUUCUGCUCACAGGAAUGUUUCAAAGGGAGCUGGGCAUCUCACAAGUUGCUGCACAAAAAAGCAAAGGAGGACAAGAACCAGAAUGAAUCUAAGAACUGUGUGGAGAAGGACAUCAACACAGACCCAUGGCCGGGCUACCGCUACACAGGAAAACUACGCCCUCACUACCCACUGACUCCCAUGAGGCUUGUACCUGGCGACAUCCAAAGACCUGACUAUGCUGAUCAUCCCAGAGGGAUGUCUGAGUCUGAGCAAUUUCUGAAGGGGACGUCACAGAUCAAGAUCCUUUCUCCUGAGGACAUUGAAGGCAUGAGAGUUGUGUGCAAGCUGGCACGGGAGGUCCUUGACAUUGCGGCCAUGAUGGUGAAACCAGGUGUUUCAACAGAAGAAAUCGAUCACGCUGUGCAUCUGGCCUGUACAGCAAGGAACUGCUACCCCUCCCCUCUCAACUACUACAACUUCCCCAAAUCCUGCUGUACAUCUGUCAAUGAAGUCAUCUGUCAUGGCAUCCCGGACAGAAGACUACUACAAGAAGGAGACAUCCUCAAUGUGGACAUCACCGUCUACCACAACGGUUUCCAUGGUGACCUCAACGAAACCUUCUUUGUCGGAGAGGUGGAUGAAGGAGCAAAGAAGCUAGUUCAGACUACAUAUGAAUGCCUUAUGCAAGCCAUCGACUCUGUGAAGCCUGGUAUUCGUUACAGAGAGUUAGGUAACAUCAUCCAGAAGCACGCUCAAGCCAACGGCUUCUCUGUAGUUCGGAGCUACUGUGGCCACGGCAUCCACAGACUUUUCCACACUGCUCCCAACGUGCCACACUAUGCCAAAAACAAAGCAGUUGGAGUUAUGAAGCCUGGCCAUGUGUUUACCAUUGAGCCCAUGAUAUGUGAAGGUGGAUGGCAAGACGAGACGUGGCCCGACGGCUGGACGGCAGUGACCAGAGACGGGAAGCGCUCGGCUCAGUUCGAACACACCCUGCUGGUGACGGAGACCGGCUGCGAGAUCCUCACCCGCCGCCUGGAGGAAAACGGUCGCGCUCAUUUCCUGAGCCAAAUGUAGGACGGACCGGAACACACCAAGGGACUGGACUUGGCAGAAACAGACACCCAGCAUCUCUGGGACACGCACACACACAUACACACAUACAUACACACAUACAUCUCAAACAAGAGGCACCACUCCUAGAGCUCAGUGUAACUGUGGCUCUCAUUGUUCUUUGCAUUAAAUAUCGGUUCCUCAAACUAAAUGGAAGUACUUGAAUGUGUCUUAUAUCAAAUGUGGAUUGCUUUAUUAGUGAAAACAGUAUCCUAUGAAGGAAAUAUGAGAGUAUUUAUGAGAUUUGGUUUUGCUUAGUUGUCAGGCUUUACAGCAGACCUGUUCUCACCUCUGGGUCAUGUUCCCCCCAGAGCUUAUACUGGCUGGCUAGUUGUUGUCUGUGGUGUGUGGAGCUCAGGGCAAAUCCAACUACGCCAUCCUUUUGCUUCUUUUUUCUCAUCCUCUGCUAACUCAAUCAGACUUCAUAUGAAUUUGCCAGAGAUGGACUGAAAAGAACCAGCAAUAGUAGAGACACCAGAGAGUUCCAGGAAACAGGGUCAAAAAGUCACGCAAUCUCAACACAACACCAGGCUGAAAACUUUGGUAACUUUAAAGCAUCUGAUUUAGCAUUUACAAGCAGUACCUCAACAUUUAAUACAUAUUUUCUAACACACUAUACUGUAGUUGUAAGCAGAUGUAAGUAUUUAUUCAUCUAUUUGUCAACAACUAUAACUCCUCCUGUGGGCACUCAUAUAUAGAUGCUGGUAUUUAAACAGAUUGUAAAUGACAGUUUAGUAAAACAGCUGAAAUAAUAUAAAAUAUGUCCUUACAGGAGCAGCUAUAAUUGUUGACAAAUACUGUACAUUAGUAACCAUUUAAAGUGUCAUUAAAGUAGAUCAAGGUUUACCACAAAUUUAAGUUUGAAUUUUAUUCUGGCAGUCAUGUUGGAUAUUCAGAUAUUCAGCUCUUUUGCGUCAAAGUUUUAAUAAUUUUCUAAAGGCUUACCAGCUGGUCAUCAUAACGGACACAUGUAAUGGAAUAGUUUGACAUUUUAGGAAAUAUACUUAUUUGCUUUCUUACUGAAGAUUGAUACUUCUCUCUUACCUGCAUGUCAAAUAUGCAGCUAGAGCUAAAUGAUAGUUAGCCUAGCUUAGAAUAAAGAGAGAAACGGCGGAGCAGGUAGCCUGGCUCUGUGCAGAGUUCAUUCAUUCACCAGCACAAAAACCAAAGUGAAAAAAAACACAAAUUGUGUUUUUACAGGGGGUUAUGUGCACCGUGCCAAGAAAUAGUCACACAUGUAACUCCUUGUAAAACCACAGCUUAAUUUUUAUGCUUACUAAACAAACUUUAAACAAACAAAAUACAGUAUAACAAGUAAUGAGAUUUAGAGGUGCUGUUUGCUAAUGAAGCCAUGUCCAGGUGAUGUUAGCUUUGCAUACAGACUGGACAUUGAUAGACAAGUUAUGAUUAUUCAUUAGGAUUAGUUUUUAAUUUUUUUUAACUAUGGACAGAGCUGUGUUAGCUGUUUCCCAUCCUUAUUAUAAGAUAAGCUAAGCUAAGCUAUCCAUCACCUGGCCGUAGCUUCAUAUUUAAUGGACAGAUAUGAGAAUGGCAUCAAUCUUCUAAUCAAACUCUUGGCAGGAAGACAAAUAAAUUUAUGUCCCAAAAUGUUGAACUGUUUGUUGAAUUUAUGCACUUCUUUUGUUAGGAAAAUAAUAAUCAGUUGAUUUAUUGCCUCAUGCCAGCCUGUUGACUAGCUAAUGACAGUACCAGGUCAACUAUCAAUAUUUACCUUUUGACAUGUCCAGUAGAAGCACCCCAACUCAACUGUUAAAUCCUGAGUGUAGCUAUUAUUAGUGCACAGCUAGUUGAGGACGUCAGUCAUGGUUGCUAGGAGAACUGUGACGCAACCACAGAGCACCUCUGUAGAUAACCAGAAUAAAAAUAACGACAAUUGCGCUCAGUGUCGUUCAAGUGCUGAACUUGUUAAUCCUGCUUUGAGGAACACUCCUUUGGUGUCUCGUGUUUUCAAUAGCCCUGGUGUAGCAAAUUGAGCCUUAAUGUGUGAAUCUAGGAGUUAAAAGUUGCCAGACCAAGGUGCGAUAACUGAUGCCCCCCCCCCCCACCAUAUCUUGACAGUCACCAUCUGCCUUGAUGUGGGGAUUUUCCUGGUGUGAGCAGCAUUCAUUAUUUCCACAUUUUCAAAGGACUAAUGUGAUCACAGUUUCUCUGCCAUCUUUGUAUUUCUUCUAAUGGAGUAAUAAAUGACUCUUCUGUA